AUUGUGCGCCUGGGAGCAUUCAUUGUUUUACAAAGGAAAAAAAUUUGUCGUGCGUGCAUUGAAGAACUGAUUUAGCAUUUAGCUAGAAGUAGUAGAAGCCAAGCCAUGACGUCUGUGUGUGAGUUCUUGUAUCAGCUUUAUGCCAAGGCAAUAGUUCUAUUAACAUACAUGCUAAUACAACUUAUCUUCAUCAUCCAGUACCUUAAGUCAGAUACACAUCCAAUUUCCACCACCCAAUACCUCAAUUUCAUCGAAGAGAAGAACCCCACUAUUCAGUUCAAUAGAAGAUUGAAGGCAGAACACAUAGAUUGCAGAGUGUGCUUAUCUGAAUUCCAGGAAGGGGAGAAAGUGAGGAACCUCAAUUGCAGACACACAUUUCACAAGGAUUGCUUGGACCAGUGGUUGCAACAAUACUGUGCUACUUGCCCACUUUGCAGGAACCAGGUGCUCCCAGAUGAUGUUGUGGCCAACUACAACCUGCUUCAGAAUCAGGCAGAAUAUGAUGGGAAUGAUGACCAGCUUAUCUUUUUGUUAUCUGCAUUAAGGGGUGGUAGCACUUUGCGCAGAUAUCUCUGAUCUAGUUCCAUAAACUGAUGUAUCAAUUAGUCUUUUAGAUUCAAGGUUAUAUAUAGUAAAAGAAAGAUUCUAACUACUUUCCCUGCUAUAUAUUCUGCAUAAUACCUUGUUUUUUACUCUUUGAAUUUCGGUUUGCUAAAAUUUGGAAACGAUUUUAGUUUGAUGCUUCGGAGUCCACAUCGAAAUAUCCCAAAACGGAGAUGUAUUUGAGCAGGCUAUUUUUUUUUCUUUUAUCGAAAAUUUAA